GCGACUCGGAUCUUGGUUACACGGAAUAGUUGCCGUAUUUGAUCCUGAGAUUAUUUCUGCAGACAUGGAGUUAAUAGCACGUCUGUUUCUGAGCUUCUGUUUUCUGACUUUGUCCGGGCUGACGUUUGCUGCUGAAUCCGGGACACCUGUGACCAGAGUGACUGUGCGAGAAGAUGAUGAUGUUAUUUUACCCUGUUCCCUCGACACCAAUGAGAACAUUGAGUCAAUGCUGUUUGACUGGGUUAAGGAAGUCCCUCGAAAGGAGGUGUUCAUGUAUCGUAAUCGCAAUCAUUACAAUAAUGGUCUGCCAGGUCAAGAUGUGGAGUUCAAAGGUCGAGUCUCACAUUUUCCAGAAGAGCUGAAGUACGGAAACGCCUCCAUAAGGAUAAAACAAACUAGGCUGGAGGACAAUGGAACCUAUACCUGUAUAUUCCCAGACAUAAAGCCCAGUGAAAAAAUCUUCCGCAUUGAGCUUGUUGUUGAGCCCGUAUUAAAGAUCCGAAACUUUCCAGGCGCAGCUCCAAAACCGUAUGUCACAAUACUUAAAGAAAAGGGGCUGCUGGAGUGUGAAGUUCCAGGUGCUUCUCCUAAACCUACAGUUGAGUGGAGGGACAGUGAUAACAAAACACUUCCUUCUAAGACGGUGCAGGACGAAGAAGAACAUGGUCGCUUCCACGUCACCGUCCAGACUACUGUGACUGAGCCUGGCUGCUAUCACUGUGUAGCCACACAGAUGGAAAAAUGGCAUCGGAUUUCUUCAGAGAUCUGUGUGCAUCAUGAACAAACUGUGAUUGUUAAAGAAGGUGAUGAUGCCAUUUUAUCCUGUUCCCCCAAGACCAAGGAGAACAUCGAAUCAAAACCUUUUAGUUGGACAAAAGAAGGACCAGCUGGUCAAAAGAAGGUUUUCCUGUAUGACACUAGCAAUAAUGAUCUCACAGGUCAAGAUAAGCAGUUCAAAGGUCGAGUUUCAAAUUUUCCAGAAGGUCUGAAGCACGGCGACGCCUCCAUAACUAUCAAAAAUACGAAGGUGACUGACACUGGAAAAUACAUCUGUAGUUUUUCACAUCUGCAGCCAAAAAGAAAUGCUGAAAUCCUUCUGCUUGUUGAUGCCCUGUCUGGGACUGGAAUGAUUAAAGCUGCUGUUUUUUCUGUUAUUUGUGGAGUGAUUGGAUUUUUUGUUGCUGUUUAAUUUUACUGCAAAUCUUGAGGAACAGUGUAGAGCAUCCAGUUAUCGUAAAAAUAAAAGACCACACAGACGACUUUCCACUUCUGAAAUUCUCCUGAGGCUAGGGCCAAAGGGUGGAAGAAAAUCUCCAUGUCACAGAGCGCCACUCGACUUUUUCCCGGAUGUGAAGCUGGAGUGUUAUUAAGAACUUUUUAUUUCCUGGACAAAUGUGAUGAAACUGUAAAAAAAUUCAAAUUGUUGUCAGAUUUGUUUAAUAUAACUUGCCUUAUUUGUAAUUUGGUAAAAGUAAUGUGAGGGAAAAGAAGAUUAUAGAACAAGUUAUGACAGUAAAACAUUACAGUGACACAAAAGAAACCAAAUUAUAAGAGUGACCUGAGAGGAUUGUGUAUGACUGAGUGUGGAUGAAUAUCUGCAGGAAAACUGUAAAAAUAUCAAGUAAAAAUUCUCUGGAGUUGAAAUGCAUUUGACAGCUCACAUUGCCUGUAAUUAAUACAGCACUGUACAGGCACUGUAAUUAAUACCACAACAGACCUGAUGACGUUUUCAUGCUUUGCAGCAUAUAUAUUGACUGUCAUUGUCAUUACCGCAUGGCUGCAGCUUUUCAGCCACCAGCCAAACACACAAACACCACCAACAACCACUCUCAGGACCCGGUACAGAUUUUAAACCCGGCAAGGCAUGAUUGCAGAUGCCGUGCAUGUGCGACCAUCCCCCCUGCAGGCACCACAGACCACGCCCCACCACGGGCAGUGAUAAAACAGAUGCUGAAAAAUGAUGGUAAACUUUUUUAAUAAUGUGCCUUCUUUAGUAUGCAUGUGCCUUUGGUAUUAGUUUAGAUUUUUAAGGCAUUAAGCCAGUCUGGGUGUGCUGCUGAUGAUUGAUGCUGGAAUUUGACUGAAAGUAUGUUUAUGCUGUUAACUGAUGAUUUUACGCUAUUAUGUCAUUUCAGAAAGUGCUUAAAUAUUUAUGUGAAAGUCCAAAUAAAACAAAUGAA